AUGGACUUUCUCUCCACAGAACAGAAAAAUGGGCCAGUAUUGACCAAUUGUGGCAUUAUAGAAGAUUCCACCCCCCAAGUGGGCGCCUCCAUUAGCAAUAUCUACUUCAACGGUUCCUCCUCCCUGUACUGCUGUGGCUCGCCGAUCGCAGUCGGCUCUACUGUCGUCUGUCCCUCCACAUCUGACAAUGAUGGCGAGCCUUUCACCGUACAGAGUGGAAGAGUCAUUCCUGGCCGUGCUCUUCUUGAAAACGUCUCUAGCCUCAAAAACACAUCUUCCACCGGAUCCAACUCAUCGAACGGGUCAGACAGGACGAGCUGCCAGACAUGCCAUGACACUGCAAUUGGCGCCGGUGUUGGUGUCCCACUAGGGGCAUUGGCGUUGCUAUUUGUGAUCUGGGCAAUUAUUGAGCGAAGAAGAGCUUCUCGACUCAGUCGCGCUUUGGGUGAACCAGCACUGGCGGGCUCAGCGCCGGUCCAGCUACAAUCGGAGAACAGUGAGCUUUCCGGACACACUAGAAAGCGCAAUGCAAUGGUUGAGUUGGAGGGCGGACGCCCAGAACUUGAUAGUGGUGUAUCGACAAGAGGAUGA